AUGCUUUAUUAUUAUAUUUCUCUGUUGAAGUUUUUAAUUAUUUUUUCAUUCUACACCUAUUCGUAUGAGUCAAACUGUACAGGAAAUUGUGUGGAAAAUUUUCGCCGUAAAUGGCCAAAAUUGGAUUUUGAAUUUUACUAUGAUCAACCGAAUCAUUCUUUUUCCGAAAAUGGCUCUUUUAUCGAUUUUCCAUAUUCAGUAUUUAAUCAAUUUCCAUCAGAAUCAACACUAACUACACCUAGCAUCAUUCAAACUAUACCAAAUUUAACAACAAUUUUACCUUCAUCGGUGACUACUUCAAAUAUAAUCCAUAAUCGAACAGAAUCAGCUAAUUGUACGAAAGAUGAAAAUAAUUCGAUAAAUAUUACGGAAGCGGAACCUUAUCUUAUUAAAACAAGCUUGCAUUAUCUGGAUAAAUCAUCAUCAUUGAAUAUAACCAAAGAAAAUUUAACCAAACAUUUUCAAAAUAAAUUGAUAAAAGUCUAUGAAUACGGAUUACAGAAACAAGACAAUUUUGAACAGGAUUUUCUUGAGCUUAAUAUUCAACAUAUAAUAAUCGAUGAAAAAAAGGAAACAAUCGAAAUUAUUUAUAAUCUAAGAAAGAAUGGAACUUUGAUGUCAUACGAAGACGUCAACAAUUUGAUGACGUUAAUACCGGCCGAUCUCAUUCAUAAUUUAACAGGGUUUCCUGUUAUAACUAAAGUCGAAGCCUACAAUGUGAAGAAUACAUCUGAAGCAAAUACAGCUCAAAUCAAUUGGAUUAAUUUGACAUCCAUGUUGAUUAUUCUUGGCUUAUUAUUACUACUACUGUUUUGUACAUUUUGUCUUUAUUUUUGUAUGUGUAGAAAAGAUCGUGAAGAUUGGAUUGAAAACAUUAAUCAAGAGAUUAGCAGAUCAUUGCCUGCCAAUAGUUCAUCAGUACAAAGAUUAAAUGAACACAUUAAUUGGAAUAGUGUUGCAUCAAGCACUGAUGAUCUUGCAGCAUCAUUUUCUGGUACAGAAAUCAAAAAAAUCGAUAAAAGCAGCCAAUAUGAUUAUUCGACAUUACAGUCAGCAACCAAGACUUGGCAAACUUUUCCCAAACGUAUAUCAUCAUCAUCAUCAUCAGUAUCAAAUAACGUUAAACAGCAAUUCAUACCGGUCCAUUAUAAUAGCAAUGUAACUGGUCGCCAUAAUUCUGAUUAUGAUCGAAUCAGUUAUAUUCAUAGCCGUGAAACAAUCCAAGAGACGCACAAACAUCCAAAUAUUUUGGAAAUAAAACUAAGCGAAGAAACGCAAUCAAUUGUUAAAGAAAUUCGUAAAGAAUUAAAUCGAUAUAAUCAAAGAAAAAUCUUGAAUGAUGACAGCUCAACAAGUGAAGCAUAAUGAUUUUUUAUUAUAAUGAUUAAAACAUAUUUUGACAUGUAAAAGUCAAAUUUUUAUCAACUUGUGUUCAAUAUAAUGAUGAUGAAAAAGAAU